UUGUUUGUAGGUGGCAGCACUGUCAAUUACUUCCUGUUACCCUCGCACCUAUUCACAACAUUGAUUCUAUUUAUGUCUAGAAGUAGACUAAUUCUAACUAUAAUGCUCAUAUUUUUAAUUACUGAAGAAAGAAAAAUUGUUUAAAGAUAAUCUUUGGAAAGAAAUAGAUUGGUGAACCUAUUCUUUUCAAAUAUACAGAAUAUAUUUUGUUAUUUGAAUAAUGAAAGGGAAAAAGUCAAAUAAAUUGCAUUCAUAUAAAAAGCCUUCCAAAAACACAUGCCUUUCAGCUGCAACUAAUUCUUGGUUCACACAUGAUUAUUUUUCUAAAUACUGGCAGUAUUACAACUAUUCAACUCUUUGGUAUAUGAAUCAUCUUAACUACAUAAGAAAUGCUUCACAGUCUGCUGAAUGGCCUGUCAACAUGACAAUGGCUAAUGACCAACAAUCCUCGUCAAUACCAUCCCCACCAUGGCAUCCAAAUCAACAAUGGUCACUUUCAUAUCAUCACAAAAAGCAACAUAACAAGUUUAGACAUCAAAGGAAGUCUUCUAGUACAUGUACUGCAACAGAACCAAUAGAUACUACUGAUGAUAUUGAAAUGAAAGUUCCAGACAGCCUUUUAGACUUCAUGAUUGUCUCUAGAAAAUUUCGAGAAGAACGAGAAGCUUUAAAAAACAAACAAGACUCUGAAGAUGCUGGACAAUGUAUCAAUAUUGAAGAUGUUACUGAUCAUCUACGAACACCCAGCAUACUUCCUCCAUCAGAACGUCCAGGCUCUCAACGAACAUUAGAGAUAAAACAACUGUAUGGAAAAAAAGCUUCUCUAAUCCAUAGUAUGGAAACAACUUUACAAAUGACUUACGAUCAAAUGGUUGAUCUAAAACAACCCAAAAUGUGGCCAAAUAUGCCACUAAAAAUAGUUUUUACUUAAGACCAGCUAUGUAAAUAUCUUUUUAUUUUCAGAUUUACCUAAUAAAAAGGUUAACUGGAA